CAGGUCGCUGUGUCUGCAAAUGGUCUGAUCAUGAAAUGUUUUACAAAGGAGGCCAAAGAUUUUUACCAGGGCCUCUAUGACAGUGCCAGAGAGUAUGGGACCUCGAGAGAGGUGGCAGUGCUCCAGGCAUUCUUAGGCAAUGCCAUAGGGGCCAGCUCAGGUAUUUCAAAAGGAAAGUAUGGUUCAAUAUCUCUGGCAUGUCCUGUCUGCUUCUACCGUGCUUUACCCCCCCCACAUCUUGUCACUGCUAAAGUAAGCUAUUACUGACUUAUGGACAUUUAAAAAUAUAUCCAAGCUCUCUAUUUAUGGGUAUAUCUUUUGCCUCUAGAAUCAAAUUAAGGCUAGAAAAUUGUAGAUCAAAUCUUAGUCAUUUUUCUUACAAAGAUGCAUGCAUAUAAAAAUUAUUAACUUAUUUUGCAUAAAUUAAAAUAAUUAUCAUGACCCCCCAAAAAACCAUUGAGAUUAUAAUGAAUGAAAAUAAAAUCCAUUUUAAAGCUAAAGCUCUGAAAAGGGUGAAAUAGGAACAUAAUAAGCGUAUGAUCAUUAUGUUCAGUGUGAAAAUUUAUUGAGUCAUGAAUAUGUACAUUAAAAUUUUAUCUACUCUAAUAAAAAAUAAUUUAAGUUUAAGCUACAAAAAAGAUUUAUACAUUAUAUUUAUUUACAGCUGAGUUUCUUUAAAAAAAAAUUUUAAACAUCCAUAGCACACAUGAAAUUUUAUUCUUUGACCAUUUCAAAGUACAAUUUAAGAAUCUACCAAAUCAAUAGUCAUACAUAUUUUUUGUCUACACUAGAAUUAGAAGCACUAUGAAUUAUGUGCUCAAAACUGAGUAUCCAUGGCAUAAAUUAGAGAUUUUUUAUUAAACUUAUUUAUCCAACUUGGAAAAUAUUAAUAAAAUUAAUUUAAAUUAAAUUUUUAACUGAGAUUUAAAAACAUAGUUAUAAUUUUGAGAGCUGGAUUUUGCUGCUUUCAGUGUAAGACUAAGUGCUUGGGUGGUCAUUGGCCAAUACCAUAUCUAGUUGGUAUAUCUGGCACUGUUAUGCCUGAGUCACAGCUCUGCAAGGGGAGGUCACUAUAAAGCUCGGAAAUGUUGUUCCCAUGGCAGCCAUGAUGGUUAACACUCUAUGCCAUUGUCACCUCAAAAGUUUUCUUUCUCAUCACAGUGAAUCUUUUCUCUCCCUGACUCCACCCCAUCCAGAUUUCCUCUUCCCUCCCUGUUUCAUUUGUAUUGCUAAACAUUUUACUUCUUAAUGUCAUAGACUUCAUCUAUUUAAUAUCUAUACUCCAUGCUAUUAGAUUAGUUGGAACUGAAACAAAAUGAAAAUAAUAUUUUCCAGCAGAAAUUUUAAAAAAAAUUAAUGCAAUGUGAGUUUAUAACCCAAUCUCAAAAUAAUUUUUAACCUAAGAUGUUUAAGUCUGCUUUCAUCACUUUCUUUACAUGUCUCCUUUAGAAUUUAGAUCUUUAAAUAAAACAUGAAGGGCCUAGGCCUACUCAUUAACAAAAUAUUAUAGAUUUUUCAUUUAAAAAAUUAUAAACUAUAUUGUUAUCUAAGUGUAACCCUGACUGUAAAUAUUAUAGCCCAAUCUUCCACAUUCACAUUUUGCAAAUUUGCUUUUCAGGAUUUAAAAUUGAUAGCUUCAAUUAGUCUUAUAUCGCUAGAUAGAUCAUAGCUUCAGCUUCAGUCAAAUUAAAUGUAAAAUUACUUUUAUUUUAUUUAUACUUGUGAUCUGUUUGUCUCAGCUGAAAAUUCCAAGACUUGAAAAUGCUUUCAUCACAUUAUUUGAAAACCUUUUCCUGUGUGGCAAAGUAAAGUAAAGUUUUGAAUUAAAAUUAAUUUUUUUGAAUGGAAAAACUUUGGUAAUUAAAGUGUAACAAAAAUUACAUUUGCAAGUCAUAUUUUAUUUUUAAAAAAUUUUUUUUUUACUUUUAAUUCUGAAAAUGUUAUAUUGAAUAUGAUUGACUUUUAAGAUUUUAUUUUAUGAUCGUAACUUUAUGGGUACCGUAUUUAAAUUUAACCAUGUGUUUUGACAAAGUUCUUGUAGGUAAUGAAGUAGACGAAACAUUGAAAUCAAGUAAAUUGAGGGGGGUAAAACUGUCUGCAUUCAAGUAAAAGAAUAAGUAUAAAAAAAGAAUCCCGUUAUAUUUAGUAUCAAACACUACUCAGAGCAUAUUGUGCUGUCACUCUCGAAGCAUUCAAAUAAAAACGCAUUGCUAUUAAAGAAAUGUAUAUUUUUAGCUUGAUAAAGGUUAACUUUCUCCAUUGAUGAAAUUAAAGUUCUAACACUUAUGAAGUUGUUGUUUUUUUUAGAUAUGUCAUGAAUUAUUAUUUAUUGAUUAAUGAUAUGAAUGACUUAGGUAAUUUUUUUAAGAAAACGAUCAGAUCUGAAAGGAAGAACAUUACUUUUUAUCCAUGAACUGUUUAUGUAUAAUUGCACACCAAAAAAAAGAUCAGGUUCAGAGACCAUAACAAAAUACAUUUUAAUUUCAAAUACCAUAGGCCAUAACUAGAAUUAUAAAGUAAAAUGAAAUGAGAAUUAGUUAUCAUGAACAUGUUUUAGGACAUCAAAUUAUUUAUGUCCUAAAUUAGAAAUCAUGUGUUCGCUGCUAUUAAGGUCUGACUACAAAAAUUGGACUAAAUUAAUAAUAGAUUUAAAUUUAAAAUCUUAAAUCUAGUAAUAUUCUCCCGCCCUCCAAAAUAAUCAGAUACAAUAGUUUAAUCACCCCUGUGGUGUCUAUAAUAGUUUAAUCACCCCUGUGGUGUCUACAAUAGUUUAAUCACCCCUGUGCUGACUUUGUCACCUUACACCGUCCCAUCACUCCUUCAUUGUAAAACUUUUUAUGAUUUUUAUAUUAACCAGACAAUUUGUAUUCAUUUUUUUUUCUCUCUAGCUCUUUCUUUCUAUCUAUCCCUCCAUGUCCACAGCUCUGACAGCGGAAACUGAAGUUCUAGACAGCUGUAAGUUGAGGCUAAAUUUAGUGCUGCAGAAAUAGUGGUGUAUUGUGUGUGGUUUGGGGGGAAUUUAUUUGAAAUUUAGUUGUUAAAAUUCCAGCUAGUCUGAUUGAAGUUACCAAAUAGUAAUCUCAACGCUUAACAGUGAUAAUAAGUUACAAUAUUCUUUUCAUCUUUGUUAACCUGAAACAUGCCAGAGAUUUUGAAUCCAUGAUUUGUUGACAUGUGCACGGUGCAUAAUUAUUUGGUGUUUUUGUUCAUUUGAGAGAUUUAUUCAUUUUUUAUGGAAUAAAAUAAAAACGAAUAAAUGAAAUCAGUAAACAUCUCAUUAAAUUCAUUAAUGCAGGGCUUCUCAAAACUAAAUAUAGUUAUCUAGGACAGUCUUUUUCAAACUUUGCAGCCCUAAAAAUAAAUUGUUUGCUAAAUUGUUUACUAAAUUGUUUACUAAUUUUUUUACUAAAUUGUUUACCUCUUUCAAAAUGUAUUUUGAAACAUAAUUGACUUUAAAAGUUAGUCUGUUUUAAUGAUGAUUCAGAUCCUCUGACAAAUUGACGUAGAUGCUACGCCUUAAUGACUUGUGUACGGUUUAUAAACCAAUAUUACUUUUGUCAACUGGGCACUGGUCAAUAGCAAUAUAUAAAAAUAUGGUAUUUAGAAUUGCUACAUGUAACCCAGCUAGUGGUUGUAACAUCUGUAUGGAGUAGACAAAUGGGAUAACUCUUGUGAAUUUAAAGACUCUAACUAAGCUACUUAAUUGGGAUCCAACUUAAUCGCGGGAUCUCCUCAGUUUUAAAAAUAUUUAAACGGGUUGCAAUAAUAAACACCCCCCUCCCCCUCAAUAAGGAAUUAAUGUUUGAAAUUGUAAUUAUAAAUCAGGCAUGUGCUGAAAAAAUAUGUUGCACAGGGAAUAAAAAGUAAUGGAUGAAAUUUCUAGACAAUUUAUUUAUUGUAUUAUAAUGUAAUAUUGACAAGCAGAUUUGGUCUCAGACUUCACCUGCAUCCCAUCCCCAAUAGAUCACUAUCAUGACAAUACAAGAAAGAUUGCAUAUGUUUUGUCCACACCCUACUUUGUCAGGUUCAGGAUCCUACACAGUCAGGCCACAUUAUGCUCACUUCUACUUGGCCAAGACAAUAAAAAAAACCCUUGAGUUUAACAUGACUACCCAAACACUAUCCCACCGUAGCCAACACUACCCACACCUUACCCCACACUACCCCUACCUUAUCCCAUCCUUUCCCUAUCUUGUCAUAUCCUAACUGGACCUUGUCAUAUCCUACCCGGACUUUGUCAUAUCCUUCCUUUUCCUACCAUAUCCCUACCUUUGUCAAAUCCAACCCCUACCUUAUCCUUAACUUAUCUUUCCCCACCCCUAACUUAUCCUUCCCUACCCCAAGCUUAUCCUUCUCUACCUUCUCCUACUCUACCCUACCCUAACCUUACCAUAUCCAACCACAUACCCUAUCCCUAUCAUGUCAUAUCCAACCCCUACCUUAUCCUACCCUAUUCUACCUUAUCCUACCCUACUUUACCUUAUCCUACCCCUACUCUGUGAAAGAUAUGUCAGGUCAGCUUGUGCCCUUAGUUUCUGACCUUUGAACUCCUAUCUCUUCGACCAACAGGCCUUGAAUGGCAUCAAGCCAACAAUCUCCUCGACGGAGCCAUUGAGAUGCUAUCAAAAGAAGCUCCAUCCUAUUACUUGAUGUGGGCUCUGGACAAGAAGGGCACCAUUUUACACAGACAAGGGAAAUACAAAGAAUCAAUCCAGUAAGUUGGUUAAAACAAAGCACGUCUUAAUGCUGAUGAUGACCCAUGAUGUUCUACUUGUGUUUUGCAGGGGACACAACUCUUACACUGCCAGCUACAGGAGAAGGCAAUCAAUAUCUGCCGUUGGUUCCUGGUAAUAACGGGGAUAUAAAAUACUUGAUACUAAAGCUGUGCCAAAGAUCGCUGUGGAAAGAUUCAAUCAGUUGCCAAAGAUCGCUGUGGAAAGAUUCAAUCAGUUGCCAAAGAUCACUGUGGAAAGAUUCAAUCAGUUGCCAAAGAUCACUGUGGAAAGAUUCAAUCACUGUGGAAAGAUUCAAUCAGUUGCCAAAGAUCACUGUGGAAAGAUUCAAUCAGUUGCCAAAGAUCACUGUGGAAAGAUUCAAUCAGUUGCCAAAGAUCACUGUGGAAAGAUUCAAUCAGUUGCCAAAGAUCACUGUGGAAAGAUUCAAUCAGUUGCCAAAGAUCACUGUGGAAAGAUUCAAUCAGUUGCCAAAGAUCACUGUGGAAAGAUUCAAUCAGUUGCCAAAGAUCACUGUGGAAAGAUUCAAUCAGUUGCCAAAGAUCACUGUGGAAAGAUUCAAUCAGUUGCCAAAGAUCACUGUGGAAAGAUUCAAUCAGUUGCCAAAGAAAUUGUAACCAAAAAAACCCCAACAAAAGAAGCUGCUGCUUUGUGCUGGUAACAAGGUUAGAGUCAAAAUAUAAGGUCAAGUCACAACCAAAAUGGAUGCCUAUGGCUCCAAGAAUUCAGAGGUGCUUAACUUCUUCCAGCAUGCAAUACUAUCUCAAACGAACAUACAGCGGGAAUAAAGCUCCAAUGCCAUCUCAAAUGAACAUACAGCGGGAAUAAAGCUCCAAUGCCAUCUCAAAUGAACAUACAGCGGGAAUAAAGCUGCAAUGCCAUCUCAAAUGAACAUACAGCGGGAAUAAAGCUGCAAUGCCAUCUCAAAUGAACAUACAGCGGAAAUAAAGCUGCAAUGCCAUCUCAAAUAACAUACAGCGGGAAUAAAGCUCCAAAAGCUUUUAAAAAAUCAUUGUUUUGUUUACAUGCUAUUCCCUUUUAAUAAUACGUUGCAACUUUUUAAUAAAUCUGUUAAUUUAAAAAAUUAAAUAAAAAGACAUGUACAUUUUGAUCUUGACAAUGAAACUCUAAAACUUUGGCAUUGUGUGAACUUGUUUCAUUUCCUUUUCCAUCAGAUGUUUCAAGCAAGCCAAACAAGUGUUCAGACAAGUCAACAGUCAGGCACUAGGGGAACAGUUCUUUGUGUCAGAUCUGCAGCUUUGGGAGGAGAGGAUCACCCAGGAAAUUCAGGAAACUAUUCCGAUAAUAUUUACUGGUAAGCUAAUCCAUAUCACAUGGACAUGUCAGCUUAUCCGUUAUCGUGUUAACCAAUCAGCUCAUCCCUAUCCUAUUGACAGGUCAGCUUAUACCUAUCCUAUUGACAGGUCAGCUUAUCCCUAUCCUACUGACAGGUCAGCUUAUCCCUAUCCUAUUGACAGGUCAGCUUAUCCUUAUCCUAUUGACAGGUCAGCUAAUCCCUAUCCUAUUGAAAGGUUAGCUUAUCCCUCUCGUUAUUACUGUCAACACUUCUCUAACCAAUGACGAUUCAGUUUAACAAUUGCAGUUCUUAUAUUUUGGUUUAUAGUUAUAAGAUAUUAGUCUAAUAAAUACAUUAAGGUUUAUCUAAAGAUGUAGUUUAUAUAGAAAUAUUAGGUUUCCAUAUAGAUAUAAAGUUUAUGUAUAGAUACGUUUACAGAAGUGAAACAUAAUAUUGUUGAGUAUUGAGUAUAGUAUUAGUAUCCAUUUAUUUUGUUGAUAUCUAGGUAAUAACAGACUGGCUCGUCAGAGGCUGGAUAAACUAUUGGAGAUCAUCAACUAUAGGUGUGAGAACCAUCCAGAGCUUUCCACUUUACUUAACCUUAUAGGUUUGACAGAAGAGAGAGGUAUGUAUCGAAUCGAAAACUUACAUUCCAACACUUUCCACCGUUCACUGGCGGAGAUUAAAUUAACCGGUUUCUGUUCCAACAACUUUAAAUUUUUAAUACAUUUUUGUCACAUUAAACUAUUUUUAAUGGAAAUAUUUUUGCUACAUGGUGAUGGAAAGAUAAUAAAUAAAAUUGUGUUGAAGGCAACAACAAUCUGGAAGAUGCUUUCAAGUGGUACAAACUCAGCUACAACGAGAGAAUGUAUCUGGCCAAGAUGUGCCCUGAAAACCUUCUGGUCUCUCUAAACAACAUGGCCAUGAUCCUUUUACGCGAAGGAAAGCUGGGUAAGGGCAUCAUAUUCUCUCUUAUGUUUGAUGUGAGUAACCUUCCUUGAGUUAGGGAGCAGGGUAUCAAGCCCAGCAACACCCCAUCCCGUGUAGGACUACAAGCUUAGAGUGAGAGAAAUGUAUUACAGGCCAAAUGUAAUGCAACGCAGGCUAAGUGUAAUGUAUCACAGGCUUCCCAGGGAAGAUGUAAUAUAACACAAGCCAAGUGUAAACUAACUUGCUAAAUUAGAAUGGCUUCUGAGUCAGAGUUGUUAAAAAUAAAUAUUUAAAAAAAAUAACAUUUCAAUGUUGGAAAAAAGUCAAAUAGAUUUUGUGAAUCUAUCUAUUAUCCUUUAGGUUUUUUGAUGUAAUAUGCCAUGUUUAAUGUCAAUUCAAGGUGUUUGAUGUAAUAUGCCAUGUUUAGUGUCAAUUCAAGGCAUUUGAUGUAAUAUGCCAGGUUUAGUGUCAAUUCAAGGUGUUUGAUGUAAUAUGCCAGGUUUAGUGUCAAAUUAAUCCAAUCAUAGAAUCCAUUUUUUUUCCUCAUGUGCAGUUAGGAGAUUUAUUCAAUAUUCUCCAUGUAUCUGAUCUUGUUGUCAAUAUUCUCUAUGUAUCUGAUCUUGUUGUCAAUAUUCUCUAUGUAUUUGAUCUUGUUGUCAAUAUUCUCUAUGUAUCUGAUCUUGUUGUCAAUAUUCUCUAUGUAUCUGAUCUUGUUGUCAAUAUUCUCUAUGUAUCUGAUCUUGUUGUCAAUAUUCUCUAUGUAUCUGAUCUUGUUGUCAAUAUUCUCUAUGUAUCUGAUCUUGUUGUCAAUAUUCUCUAUGUAUCUGAUCUUGUUGUCAAUAUUCUCUAUGUAUCUGAUCUUGUUGUCAAUAUUCUCUAUGUAUCUGAUCUUGUUGUCAAUAUUCUCUAUGUAUCUGAUCUUGUUGUCAAUAUUCUCUAUGUAUCUGAUCUUGUUGUCAAUAUUCUCUAUGUAUCUGAUCUUGUUGUCAAUAUUCUCUAUGUAUCUGAUCUUGUUGUCAAUAUUCUCUAUGUAUCUGAUCUUGUUGUCAAUAUUCUCUAUGUAUCUGAUCUUGUUGUCAAUAUUCUCUAUGUAUCUGAUCUUGUUGUCAAUAUUCUCUAUGUAUCUGAUCUUGUUGUCAAUAUUCUCUAUGUAUCUGAUCUUGUUGUCAAUAUUCUCUAUGUAUCUGAUCUUGUUGUCAAUAUUCUCUAUGUAUCUGAUCUUGUUGUCAAUAUUCUCUAUGUAUCUGAUCUUGUUGUCAAUAUUCUCUAUGUAUCUGAUCUUGUUGUCAAUAUUCUCUAUGUAUCUGAUCUUGUUGUCAAUAUUCUCUAUGUAUUUGAUCUUGUUGUCAAUAUUCUCUAUGUAUCUGAUCUUGUUGUCAAUAUUCUCUAUGUAUCUGAUCUUGUUGUCAAUAUUCUCUAUGUAUCUGAUCUUGUUGUCAAUAUUCUCUAUGUAUUUGAUCUUGUUGUCAAUAUUCUCUAUGUAUCUGAUCUUGUUGUCAAUAUUCUCUAUGUAUUUGAUCUUGUUGUCAAUAUUCUCCAUGUAUCUGAUCUUGUUGUCAAUAUUCUCCAUGUAUCUGAUCUUGUUGUCAAUAUUCUCUAUGUAUCUGAUCUUGUUGUCAAUAUUCUCUAUGUAUUUGAUCUUGUUGUCAAUAUUCUCUAUGUAUCUGAUCUUGUUGUCAAUAUUCUCUAUGUAUCUGAUCUUGUUGUCAAUAUUCUCUAUGUAUUUGAUCUUGUUGUCAAUAUUGAACAGAUGAGUGUCUGAGAUAUCUCUAUCAAGCCCUGGAAAUAAGACGUGAAUGUGGCUGGAGUCACUAUUCAACAGCCUUGACCCUGACUCAUUUAAGUGAGGUCAACAUAAAGUGGUAAAUUUGAGCGAUACUUAAUUCUACUUGUAUUGUGUGAGGGUUUAUUGCAAUUUAAUUCUACCUGUGUUCUGUGAGGGUUUAAGUAUUGGCAAGAGUAACAAUAUUAAACUAAAGUCUUAAGUCUUUAGUAAAGAUGUCAAUCAACUUUUUUACAUUUUUCUUGAAACACUUUUGCGUCUGAAUGAAUUAAAUUUUUUUCUUCUUUUCAAUAAAUUUUUAUUUGCCCAAGGAAACAAGGAAAUAACUUACAUGAGUUUAUAGCUGAAAGCUUACUUAAGGGAACAGCAAUUAAACAACUUUCCCAUAGGUAUAAAUAUUUAAUUUUAUCAAGAACAUCAACUCUUCCAGUGAUUCUCAGAAAGGUUAAUCUUAAUUAUCUCCCAUGUUUUCAGUGACAACUUUCCUGAAGCCUUCAAAAAUGCAUUGGAAGCAGAAAGAAUUCUUCGAUUGACAGUCAAGGAUCACGACAUGCGGCUCCGCUUGAAUUUCACUCUCGCUCAUAUCCGAGUCGUCCUUCGACAAAAAAUGGAUCCUGAGAGCUCCAGGGUGCACCAUAUUGCAAAGAAUGCUGGGGACCCCACAAAUGUGCCCAAUUUGCAUCAACUGUUCGAUGAUAUUCCUUUUGACGCAUCAGAAGGCAGAAGAACAUCAGCAGACCCCAGUCCCCCUUGGACAGCCGCACCCGAAUCAGAUUCAAGGGAUAGAGACACAGCAGUCAAAGUCUGCCCAGAUUAUCCAUGUACUUCUAGUCAUCCAGUUGUGACAACAAUCCACAUUGACCCUGUCGAUCUCAGUAUGUCGGCAGAUAAUUACUUAGACCGUGUGAUCCAGAUUACUCAUGAGAUGACCGGAACGCUCAGUGACGACGGACACAACAAUUACCUGGCCACUCACAUGCACGCCAUGGUGCUUAACUGGAAUGACCCUAUGAAAUUUCUCUAUCACAUCAAUGCCAUCAAAGACUACACAAAUCAAAAUCCGUGGAUUGAGGAGACUGUGUUUGGGGAUGCAUCCGUUCCAUUGGACUCCAGGUAUAAUCGCCUCAGAAAACAGAAGCCGUUGUUCUAUUAUAUAGUCAACACACGUGUUGAACACAUGGACUUGGAUAGGUUUACACAACUUUUGGUCAACUCCUGUCAAAUUUGUGCUUUUGCAGAAAGGAUUUACACGUGUGAGAUGUGGAGCACAGAGGCACGUCAUUUAAUGUGGGUGAGGCAAGAGAAAGAUUCAUUCAGGAGAGAGUUUGAUGCCAUGGCAUUAGAUGACCUUGAAACGCUUGAUGUUGAGUCGCACGAAAACUGCCUAACCCACGGCAGUUACAGCAAAGCUGCAGCAUGUGAUGGUGGGGGUACAGGCACACCUUACGGUACACAUGCUGCAUGUGAUGGUGAUAUUUCCUCUGCUUAUCUACCUUCCCCGGACUGUUGCCACAUAACUGGCAACAAUAUAUUUCCCCAGAGCAAUUCAAUGGAUAACAACAACCUGUCCCAGGUUGAGUCCCCCAAGAUACUGCAGGACCAAAAGGACAUAAUGGAAAAGAUCAAGUGCCAACAUCAGCUGCCAUCUUGGCCCAACCGACUGGAUGAUAUGACAAACCCCAAAGGCUACAACUUUGCUUGCAGAGAGCACCAGAAGAAGGGUUCUGGGGGUUCAAAGGUUAUUCCCGAAGUGAGUGGUCGAGUGCCGGUUGAGCAGAGUGAAAAAUCAGUGAGUGCUUUAGCCCAUGACGACGACGCAGAGUCCCAAAUAACGGCAGGCCCCGGAAGGAAGCAUGAAACAUGCGUCGCAGGUUUGGGUGGUGGGGCAGGUGUGGGUGGUGGCGCAGACAAGUUAAGACAUUUCUUGCAACCAGAGGCUAAUACAAACCCACCAGCAUCGACUAAUAAAAGGGAUUCAAAUGAGGUCAAAUUACCAGAGCCUGUGGAGAGUUCAGGGGACAAUAAGCCGCCCAAGUCAAAUUCUGACCCACAAGAAUUGGAAAAAUUCUCAGUUUCUCGUUACCUGCAUCAGGCAUGGCCUGAAAUAACGUCAGCACAAUCCCCGGCAAGCACUGACAUAAAGCAAUCAACCUCUUCAUUAUCUCAUCAGAGAAAAGACAAUAAUCCCCAGAAUGACUUACAGGCUGCACCAGACCCUCUGUCUAAGGUUUCGUGUCUAGAAAGACAACUGGACCAACCUAGUAUUAAAAAUGCUUCCCCGUGUUUAAGUUCAUGUGUACCAAAGAGAUCUGUUCAAAAAGGUGUUUCAUCGAGGGAUGGUGAGAAAACAAAUUCACGUGGCGAUAAUGGCCGGCUGUCAUUUGCUGAGAGUGGCUUUGCAGGAUCCUCGCUGUCAAGUGAAGACGAUCACACAAACCAUGAGUUGCCACAGGGUGGGUGCAGUGCGCACAACAUCAUUAGUCGACAAAGCAAUGUCAAUCCUGAAAGCGGUUUUCUUUCUCGAGGGAAAAAACCAAAGACACCUAAAACUAAAAUGUUGGCUCAAUGGUCUCACAGUCGCAGCCACAACGAGAUUUUUGUGGAUGGUCAAAUGCCUGGCUAUUCAGGAGACCCAGGUUUUAGACCAGAUCUAGAAGAAGGGAGAGUACCCACAGAAAACUGUGAAAACUUUCUCAGCUUUUCAAAUUCUCGAAAGCCAGAGGAAGGGUUGUGGUGUGAUUACUCUGAACAAAAUGGCUGCAUCUCUGAGGAAGGCUUCCUAACUGUCAACUCACCAGAACAAAAAGAUGUGACAAAAUUAUAGAAUAGUUUGACAAUCAUAACAUAGGAGCGUCUGAUAAACAUAUCAUUAUAAUACAAGUGGUUGAUAAUCUUAACAGGAUAGUCUAAUAAUCAUAAAAUAGUAGUAUUUGAUAAUCAUAACAUAAGAGAGUUUGAUGAUCCCAAAUGGUGGAUUGCUCUGCAACCUGCCAUUAGACAAUGACAGAUGGGAACAUUUUCUUGUUUCUAUGUUUUUACAAGUUAACAUUUGAUCCCAGCUUAAAUGAAAAAUCUAGAAAUUAUGGACUUUAUGUUAACAAAAUCUCUAGAAAUCAAGGACUUGUUGACAAAAUCUCUAGAAAUCAAGGACUUUAUGUUAACAAAAAUCUCUAGCAAUCAAGGACUUUAUGUUAACAAAAAUCUCUAGCAAUCAAGGACUUAAUGUUAACAAAAAUCUCUAGCAAUCAAGGACUUUAUGUUAACAAAAAUCUCUAGCAAUCAAGGACUUAAUGUUAACAAAAAUCUCUAGCAAUCAAGGACUUUAUGUUAACAAAAAUCUCUAGCAAUCAAGGACUUAAUGUUAACAAAAAUCUCUAGCAAUCAAGGACUUUAUGUUAACAAAAAUCUCUAGCAAUCAAGGACUUUAUGUUGACAAAAAUCUCAAAACUUACUUCAGGAUUUUACUUUUGGAUGUGAUCCAGAAUUAUUUUUUUUUUUUGCAAGCACAAAACUGACACACCACCGGUAAUGAGACAUACUGACACACUGCCAGUAGUCAGACAGACUGACACAAUGCCAGUACUGAGACAGACUGACACACCAUGGUAUUGAGACAGAUUGACUCACUACCAGAUGGACAGCAAAUGAUGAUUAUGUACAUAAUAAUUGUGAUUAUCGAAAUGAAACAUUUCAUUUAAUCAAUGAAUAGGUUUAUUUUAGUCCCUUGAGUUUUGCCCAGCCCAUCUUAUAAAUUUAAUAGUACCGGUAUUAAUAAUACACUUUGUUCGCUUAACUAUAAAGAACAAUGCUGAACCAUACUGAGUACGAGAUUAGUGUAUGACUCCAUGUUGUUGCCAUGUCUUUCUAGCAAAUUAUAAUUUAUAACAUUACGUGUUCCUCUAAAGCAGGGGUGGCCACCUCGCAGCCAGCUGAUUUAUCACAAAUAAACUUAUGAGCUCUACAUUCAAUGUACCGUUACAAAGAAAUCCAUUUUAAAAGUUAAGUGAGCCAAAAGAUGACAAAAUCACCUUGGUUAAGUAUUCUUCAUUUCAUUAUGUGAAUUAAUGAAAAAAUCAUUAAUUCUGUACAGCAUGUAGGGGAUGUUAAAAUAUUUAUGUGCAAUGACAAGCUGGCCGUGAAAGGUUUACUUGCUAUCAAAGUUGCGCAUGAAACCUUUUGGAUAGGCCACCCCUGCUUUAAAGAAUGUUUGUAUCAUACCAGUACUCAUGUUAAGAUGAAACCUAGCAAAACUAUGUGCACAGUGGCUGUACUAACCCAAACAUCGAAAUGGCUCCAUCUAAAUCUACAUUGUAAUUGUAGUUGGUCAAAGCAUGCAUCAGGAGAGUAUUUUAUGUUUCAUUUUACUGAGAAUGAUUCAACUAAGAAAAAUACUACUGUACAAAAUAAAAUAGUUCAUUGAUUUAUAUUUCCGUUAGUUCCUUCCAAUAUCGCACAAUUUAUUUUUUAAUUCAAUUUUUCAUGAAAAGCAAUGCAAUUCCUUUUAUUCUAAUCUUGAUGUGUUAUAACUGUUAAUACUAAACUCUGAUCUGCAUCAUCCAUCUGUCAUUGAUUGUUUCCAUGUAUAGAUAUUCAUCAGCUUCAUCAGUUGUUUCAAAAUAUAGAUAUUCACCAGUUUCUACAAACAUGCAUUAGAAAUGCUUUAGCAAAAUUCAAGAAAUAAUCACAUUAAUAAUCAAGCUCAUUCCAGGCUUCUUGAAAUUGAAGAAAAAUUAAUAAGAAAAUGCUGUUGGUGUUAGUCUGGCCUUAUUGUUUCAUCAUUACUGAGUGUAUCAUAUACAAACAUUUUGACAUAUCAAUAAUGAGCAUUACCAAUACAUUAUAAAAAAACAACAACAUGAUAAUACUAAUAGGCAUAAUUAAAUUAAUGGUAUGGUACAGUCACAAAUUAUGUACCCUGUAUAGCUCCAGAAAAUCAGCUUUAUGUUUGCAGUAUCAGUAGGCUAUGUUUAAAAUUGUUCGUUUUUUUUCUUUAAACUAAUCCCAAUUCCUGUGCACAUUCAGAGAGCUGUAACUCAAGUUUUU